ACUCAUCAAAGGAGGGACUUGAAUUUUAGUGAAGAUAUUGAAUGAUAUGAAGGGGGUUGUUUUCAUCACUUUCUUCUCGCUUAUAUUGAUUGUAAUCACUACAGAAUCAAGACAUGAGCCAGGAGAUCAUCAAAGGAGGAUAAAUGUGUUAAAAGAUGAUUUGUUGCCUCAAGCAGAUCAUUGUGACGAUUCAAAGCCAUCUUUGGAAAGUGAAGGGCCUCUUCUUAAGGAUAUAAAGCCUCAAUCAUUCGUAUUUGACUACGCACAUGGUGCUAAACAACAAGAGUCGUCAUCGAAUGAUCCACGAAAGCCUCUCGGCCUUCAGGAUAUAAAUCCUCAAGUGUUUGUAUUUGACUAUGCACAUGGUGUUAAACCAAAAGAGUCGUCCUUCAAUGAUCCACAAAAGCCUCUCCUUAAGGAUAUAAAGCCUCAGUCAUUUGUAUUUGACUAUGCACAUGGUGCUAAACCAAAAGAGUCGUCCUCCAAUGAUCCACGAAAACCUCUCCUUCAGGAUUUAAAGCCCCAAUCGUUUGUAUUUGACUAUGCACAUGAUGUUAAACCAAAAGAGUCGUCCUCCAAUGAUCCACAAAAGUCUCUCCUUAAGGAUAUAAAUCCUAAGUCAUUUGUAUUUGACUACGCACAUGGUGCUAAACCAAAAGAGUCGUCAUCCAAUGAUCCACGAAAGCCUUUCUUUCAAGACUUAGAGCCUCAAUCGUUUGUAUUUGAYUAUGCACAUGGUGUUAAACCAAAAGAAUCUUCCUCCAAUGAUCCACAAAAGCCUCUCCUUAAGGAUAUAAAGCCUCAGUCAUUUGUAUUUGAUUACGCACGUAAUGUUAAACCAAAAGAGUCAUCCUCCAAUGACCAACAAAAGCAUCUCCUCAAGGAUAUAUGACCUCAGUCAUUUGUAUUUGACUAUGCACAUCAUGUUAAACCAAAAGAGUCAUCCUCGAAUGACCAACAAAAGCCUCUCCUUAAUUAUAUAAAGCCUCAGUCAUUUGUAUUUGACUACGCACAUCAUGUUAAAUCAAAAGAGUCGUCCCCACAAAAGCCUCUCAAAGAUAUAAAGUCUCAAUCAUUCGUAUUUGAUUACGCACAUGAUGUUAAACC